GCGUACACGUGAAGGUACAAGGUACUGAAUCAAUAAUAGAGGUAUGGGUGCGCCCUGCUGUGAAAUAGGAUACCCUUUAGUUGUCUGAAGCGAUAUUUGUGGCUUUGCACCAACGAUUUGCGGUCCCAGGACAUUCCGUAGUGGGCGUUUCAUCGCCAGGUUUGCAGACGGAGACGGACUUUCCUUGUGUUUUGUUCUUUUUUACACUGCCUUUUCGAAAGCUGUGGAGACGCCCGAACAUUAAACGUCAGAAUUAAAAUAAAUUUUAGUAUUCAGUCAUAAGUGGGGAAAUAACCUUUUAAGCCAGUUCCGAAGGGUGCUGUGCUUUUGACUUUGUUUAUAAACUGUGCUCGUGUAUUUGAUUCGUGAUGGUGGAACAAUGGGAUCUUCGUUGAGUGUGGAAGAGAGCAUCAUGAAGUUUCCUCCGUGCUAAAAGCUGCGCGACUGAUAAUUGUGCGGGGAAGCUUUCAGUGUUUUUUCCUUAUUUUAAAACAUCAACACCGACAUUGUGAACAUCAACAAACCCUGCUGAACCAGGAAUAAGAUGGUUCCAGGCCGUGUGUAGGAGUGCGGGGCGGUUUGGCCGUCCAGCUACUGUGGCCUAGGCUAGGCUUCAAGCCCUCCUAGACCAAGAGGCCUAUUGUAGUUGUGGUGACUAACCUAGAUCCAGAGGUGCGGCCUAAAAUGAAGUAGCAGUUUGAACCAUGAAAUUGCCUCCAACCACCGACAUGAGCAUCGCUCCGGUUUCUAUAAUGGAGAUUGCCCAUCACAAAGGCGAUUCCACUAAUAAUUUCCGCAAAGUCGACCAGGAAUACGAUUAUGGCAUGGGAUCCAAGUGGGCUGGACUAGUGUCUGAAGCCCGCGAGCUAGCCGCUCGCUUCAACAAGGACAUGACCAGCGGCCAAGAUCUCCUCGGCGCCUCACUUGAUUUGAACCUGGGUGAAAAUGAACACCUGGGAGGAGAAGACAUUGGAGUUGAUGAUGAAGAUGACGAAGAUGACGAUGAAGAGGGAAAUGAGGCUGCUGACGAGAGUGCUUCGAGUGUUCUGAAGAGCGUUACACCUGAUGUCUUGGGCACAGGUGGGAACGUUAGUGCUCCCUCAGCAGAAUUCAGCAAUGAUUUUCCUUUUGCCAAUGAUAUGGAUGACUCCGAUAGCAGUGAAGAAGAUGACGAAGGUGAUGGUGAUGAUGAUGAGAAUAAGAUGUCGGAAGAUGGGAAUCCCUUUGAUGUUGAUACGAAUCAGUGGUCAACUGAUGAAAGCAGUGAGAGUGAAGAUGAAAAUGAUGUUUCUAAUGAUGAUCCAUCUCUAAGCAACAACUUGGGCACACUUCUUCAAUGUAAAGUGUGUGGAAAAAAGUAUUCAAAGCUUUUUAACUUGCAACGUCAUGAGGCAGCUCAUGAGGGAAGAAUGAUUUUCCGUUGCCGAGCAUGCAAUACUAUUUUCCCCUCCAGGGAGCUGCGAGACAAGCACAAGCAGGACGAACACUACAUUUGGAAGUGCCAUAUUUGCACCCAGUCCUUCCCCAAACCUGAGCGCUUAGAAAUUCACGUUGCUGUGGACCAUCAUGGGAAAUAUUGGGAUGGUAAACAGUUACUUGAUGAACGCCCAGAAUCGGACAUGUUUUGUUGCAGUCAAUGUGGCAAAAGUUUUGCAUCCAAACCAGAUCUUCAGAAUCAUAUUGAAGUUCACUGUGGAGCUGAACCAAAGUUUGUGUGUUCAACAUGUGGGAAGAAGUUUUCAUGCCAAAGCACCUUGUCGUCUCACAUGUUAACUCACACCGGAGAGAGAGCAUUUCUAUGCCGCUACUGUGGUGCCAGUUACCAAUCUAAGGCUCAAAAGAAGGUGCAUGAGCGCAGCCAUACUGGAGAGAAACCAUAUGUGUGUAAUGUGUGUGGCAAAGCUUUUGCCCAUGCUGUUAGUCUGACGACGCAUUUGACGACUCACACUGGUGUUCGUCCUUACCCAUGUGAUGUUUGCAAUGUUGGUUUCUCAUGUGUUGGGAACCUAUUGAAGCAUAACAAAACACAGGCUCAUCUUGCUAAAGUGUUUGCCAAGGAAAAACCUAAUGAGCUGGCUGAAGUUCAUAAUGAAGAGCAAUCAUCAACAAACUUUACUCAACGCCGUUCCAAGUGGAAGCGAGAUGUAACUGCAGAGUUGCAGCAGGCUCCAUUGGCAUCUCUUGACCAGAGCAACUCUGUUUAUCAGCAGCAGUUUGUUUCAAGUCAUGACCAUACUGGCACUGAGGAUCAUCUAAACUUUUUAGGUUACUUGAAUGGACCUGCCUUUCCGGGGGUAAAUCCUGCUAGCAGCACGAACCAAAUGUGGAAUCAGCAACCUGUAGAUGCAGAAGGUCAGCAGCAGCAGCAACAACAGCAGCAGCAACAACAACAACAGCAACAAGGCCAACAGCAACAGUCUUCUUCAUCAACAUCAUACUCAGGUUCAUCUGGGUGUGGAUCUGGAGGCGGAGGGGGCUCAGGGCACCAGCAGCCUCCUGAACCACCACCACCCCCUCAAGACCAGCAGAACCAUGACUCUGGCCUCAUUGCUGUCAAAACAGAACCAGAAGAUGAAGAUUCUGAGGAGAGUUCAGCCAACAAUACUGAUGCCAAUACAAGCUCAGGCUCUAAUGGUAAUAUGUCCAAGUCUACCAUGGAUGAACGAAACUCCCCCUCACCUCUUGAUGCGAGUUCCUUUAAUGCUGCCAACAAUGACAAGCCAUUCAGAGACAGGUUUGACAGUGAUGAUGAUGACAACUUUUGGUGGGCAAUGGAUGAAUCUGAUAAUGAAAAAGGAGCAGAUCCCCUACCUGUAAAAGUAGAACUUGAAGAAGGUAGUGGAAAUGAGAAUCCACCAGAAGUACCGGUAAAGAGAAAACGAGGAAGACCUAAGGGAUCUAAAACUGUUAACAGAAGGGCAGACAAAGAAAAGAAUGCUAAAGGUAAAUUCACUUGCCCAACCUGCGGCAAAGAUCUCAAGUUUAAGUCACACCUUGUUAGACAUGCCAAGAUGCAUAAAGAUGAGAAGAAGAAGAAAAGGAAAAAGAAGAAGAACAAGCAGAAGAGUCCUUACACUGUUUCAAGCUCAGAGGAUGAUGAUACUGACUGUGAUAAGGAUUCUUUCUUUGAUUGUGUUAGUGAGGAUGAAAUGCGCUUAGAAGAGGUGAAAGAAGAGCCCUUAGAUGAUGAAGAUGACCGAGAAGGUGGCGAUGGUGAUGAUGACCUAAAUGAGUCCAAUGACAAUGAUCAAGGUGAUGGUAGUGAUAAGCCCAUGAUUGAGGGAGAAGUUAAGAUAAAGAAAAAGCGAGGCCGUAAGAAGAAAAGUGAAAUGGAGGGCACCGAUUGGGGUGAGAUUGGGCCCGAUGGGGAAGUCAGGAAGAAACGAGAGAGAAAGAAGCCCAAAGAACCUUGCAUUUGUGGUGUUUGCGGGAAAGACCUGCGAUUCAAGUCUCGGCUGGCUGCUCAUAUUGCUAAUCAUACUGCUGAAGAUAUGAAGGAGAAAUUAACCGAAAAAGACUCCUGCUGUCUCCUGUGCAACCGGGAGUUUGGCUCUCCAGAAAAUUUGAAACGCCAUAUGGAUCAUACACACAGUGAUCAUGGUGGGAAGAAAUCACUCAUGACCUGUCGUUUUUGUCCCAAGCAGUACAUAAAUGAAAUGAGCUUGUUGAACCAUGAGGCAAGCCAUGGAGCAAGUGAUGUUGGAACAGUGCAGUGUGAAGCAUGCCCACGGAUGUUCCACAAUACCAAAGCAUUGGCUCGGCACAAAUUAAAGGAGCAUGGUGAAGGAAACUUCUCCUGUGAGAUAUGCAACAAACUCUUUGGAACCAAGGAGUAUCUCAUGAAUCAUAUGAAGUCCAAGCAUAUGCCUAAGGAAAAGACAGAUCCUUUCACCUGUCACCGCUGUGGCAAGCAAUUUGAACGGAAACCUACAUUUGUGAUUCAUGUGGAAAGCCAAUGUGGCACUCAGCCUCAAUUCCCAUGCACUAUUUGUGGGAAAGGCUUUGCAAGCCGUGGAAGCCUUGGUACUCAUCUCCUCAUACACACUGGACAGAAAUCAUUCCUGUGCAGGUUCUGCGGGAAGGCUUUCCGAGCUAAGGGAGAAGUCAAGCGCCAUGAAGUCAAGCACACUGGAGAGCGCCCAUUCAAGUGUAAAAUAUGUGGAGAAGGUUUCCCCUACCGUGAGUCACUUGUCACUCACAGCGCAGUGCACACUGGAAUCCAGCCUUAUUCUUGCAAGGGAUGUGGCCGACGGUUCUCGUGCUCGAGUAAUCUAGUUAAACACAAGAGGGUGUACAAUGGUUUAUGCAGUGCAAAGAAUCAAGGCAAUCAACCAGGCCCUGGCAAUCGGCGAAACAAUACCAACACUAACAUGAAUCAAGUACAUGCUGCAGCUUUAGGCAGCCAAGGAAAUCAAUCAGCUACCAUGUCAGCCAAUCUCUCUGGCCUGUCAGCUUCGAAUCUCCCAUCUCCUGGUCUUUCUGCUGCAGACUUGUCAGCAGCCAAUCUCUCAGCUGCCAACUUAUCUGCAAGCAACUUAUCGGUUGGUCUUUCUGCCGCCAACCUCUCUGCUGCCAGUUUAUCAGCUAAUUUGUCAGCAAACUUGAACAUGUCUGCUGCAAAUUUGUCUGCUGCAAAUCUCUCUGCAGCUAACCUGGCUGCUUCAAACCUAUCAGCCUCUAGCCUGUCAAGCAAUUUGGCUGCAAAUUUGUCAAAUAGCCUUGCAAACAAUUUAUCCUCUAAUCUUCCAGCCAACAUUGCUUCCAAUCUUGCGAAUAAUCUGGCUUCCAAUCUUGCAUCGAACUUGGCCAGCAACUUAGCUGCUAGCCAACAGGCUGCUCAAGCGAUGCAAGCUGCGCAAGCUGCUCAAGCAGCCCAGCAAGCUGCUCAGGCGGCUCAGUUAUCACAGGCAGCUCAGUUAUCACAGGCUGCUCAGCUAUCUCAAGCUGCUCAGCUAUCACAGGCUGCUGUCCAGGCUGCACAGCACCAACUCAGCCAAGUUCUGCUUGCGAAUCAUAAUAAUGAAAGCAAUGACUCUAUCCAUGGAGGCCAACAUCAACUUAUAUCGCAGGCGCAUCAGUCAUCGCUGCACAUGAGACCACUACAGUUAUCUCAUCACGCAGCUCGCACUCCACAGCCCCAACCAACACCACUCUCCCAUUCUCAACUAUCCUCGCCACCACCAAUGAGCCCCAUACCAUCACCUCUUCCCCACCAGACUCAUCAUCUGCAGACCAACCAUCACCAAAUGCAACACCAUUUGGUGCAGUCUCAGCAUCACCAUCUUCAACAUUUGACCCAUUUCAACCACCACCAUCACCACCAAUACAGCCAGCCUGCUCACCUUGGCAGCCAGCAUCACCAUCACCAAAUGCAGGCGAAUCACCAUCAGCAUCACCAUUUGAGUCAAUUGGCACACAACCAACACCAUUUGCCACAACCAUUGCAACUUACCCACCCAUCCCACCCAUCACACCAUGCGCACAUUUCCCAUCAACAAAACCCCCAUUCGCAUUCUCCCUCGCUGCUACCAUUGUCCUAAGGGGGGAAAUUUUCUCUUUAAUGUGAUGUAAUUUUUCUUUUGAUUCACUGCUAGAUGUAAGUAGAUAUCUUGAAUCGUCAUAUUUGUUAGUUUGUGUUUAUAGAUCAGACUGACUUUGCUGCCUUCCAAGUGACCUUAUGCAGAAAAAUUGCAUUUUAUUAGUUCUCUGUUCAAGCAAAGGAUGAUGUUUGAGAUAUGACCCACAUGGUUAGUAGUUAUCAAUCGUCACAUGCCAAAUGUGUAAUUACUUCUCAGAAUUCUUCAUAUUUGCGAGAUGUGAAGUUAGUAAGCUACUCUUUAUUGUACUAUAUGACUUACAGUUUAAUUUUCCUUUUCUUUGGUCAGAGCUGAAGUGUUAAAUGUAAUACUGUUCAAAGACCAUGCUUUUUCAAAGUACUAUGUAUCAAUUUUAUCAUUUUUAAUUCAGUAUUGUGAUUGACAUUUUAUUGUUACAAACAGUAUUUUAAUAUCCAAUUACAAUAACACUUUCAUGUGUGGCUUAGUUAUCUUCACAGACCACAAAUAUAUUGUCUUCUUAUCUAUAUUAGUAUUUGUAGGAUGAUUGCACUGUAUGUGAGUGAUAUAUGACCAUGCUUUUGAGGUUGAGGUUGUUUGGUGAUGUGGUAAUGUGUGAAAUACUAGUUUUUAUGAAGAAAGUGAUGUACCUUAACCUAAGUUAGUAUUCAACCAUAUUAGGUACUUUAUCAAUAUUCCACCGUUUUCUCACAUUUAUCUGUAUUCAAAGAUUGUAUUAGGAUUUUCCUUCGAUUUUCUAUUAAUUAUUUCUGCAACUUAUUACGAGAUGCUUGCUGCAUCAAUAUUGUUUCAAUUUUUAAUAUUUUUUCUUAAAAUUUUAAUCUUUUAAUUUCUCUUCGGAUAAUUUUUGUUUUUGAAUUGUUAUUCUGAUCACGGCAUGCUGCUAGACUGAUACAGACUGAUGAUCCCAAAGUACAUCAUAUCACUUGAAUGCAUCAUUUGGUCAUGUAUAUAAAAAUUCUCAUUUAGGUUCCUGCAAAAGAGAGAUUAAUGUGGAGUCGGUUUGAGACAUUGCACGGUUUGCUUAGCAUCUGAUGAUGUAUAUAAUUUACCAGAAUGUACUUAUUCCUGUUCAUUAUCAGUAACUGAUGAAUGCAACCAUUGUCUUUAUUUUAUUUUUCAAUAGCUUUAUGUGUAUAUUAUGUUACAUGCUACUUUCUGCAUAUGCGUGUAUGAGUUUAUGUUUGUUGAAUUUUGCGAAUUCACUUGAGUCUAUUUUGAGAGGGUGUGGUGCUUUUUCCUUGCCUCUCUCCAAGGCUUAAUUAUUUGUGCCAAUGAAAUUAGCACUUUAUACUUUGGACCAAAACCUACUCUCUCAAAAUGGCUCAAUGAACGUUAUUUUAGAAAUCACAUGUUUGUUUUGGGUUUGGAUGUGUGAGAAAUUUUUCACAAGACUGUAUUUGAUGAAUUGCAAACUCACAUAUGUAUGUGUAAAUAUUUCUGGAAGUGUUUAUUCAUACAUAUGUGGCACAUCCAUCAUGCUAGCCUGGAGUUAUAUUUAACAUCUGAAGAUAAUGUACAAAGUAUUUUCCACUCUCCCCAUUAUCCAUAGUAUGGCCUUGAUAAUGUGGAGAAAAUGUGCCAUUUAACAUUCUACCUGAUGAAAUUCACAAAAUUUGUGUAGUUUUAUGUGAAAAUGUAAAUUUCAAAAUGCAUAACUGGGAAUACUGGCCUGGUGGAGAACAUUUAGACACCUCUAGUGCGCUUUGUUUUGUUUCCUCUCAAUCGACUUGCAGGCUUUGUUGUGGAGCGACCAUGUCUCUCCAAAGAAAAUUUUAAUAAAAGCAACACAAUCCAGUGUCAAGUUCCAUGAUUGAGCUGAUACUGGACUUGAGGCCUGUUAUUGUUUAACAAAAGUGGACUAUCCGAGCCAGGCCAUGAGAUGUGCAUUUUGAUUAGUAGAAAUUAAGGUAUUUUAGUCUCAUUGUUCCAAUACUACAUUAUUCACAUCAAACCCUAUUGUGGUAGUGUUAGUAUUGAUAACAAUCAUGGACCAUUGUUAAAGUGAUAAAAGUCUGCGGGAGGUUUGGUACCUGUAAUGUACCAAUAAGAUAACUGAAUUUCUAACGAUAUUUCUUAAAUUUAUUUUCGUUGGCUACAUUUUGGCAUUCCAUAUCAAACAAACAUAGUCAUGAUUGCUGUGAGCUGUUUAUGAUUGGUACUCAGUAGCAUGGCCUUUAGACUGCACAUUAAGCUAUUUUUUUCUUGGGAAAGUACAAGUAUGUCAUCAGUAUUACGAAAUUUGUGAGUUGAGUUUGCUACAUGAAUUUAAUUAUUUCACAAUCCUCUGGCAUCUUACAGAAGAUAUCAGAGCUGAUACACAGAUUCGAGGAGAAGCCAUUGCACCUUUUCAAAUAUAACAUAGCUAUGUAUCUUGAAACAGACAGAACCGUUUCUGUGUGUAUGGUAUUUCUUGUGUCUCCGCUGUCUCUUUGGUUCUCAAGUGGAAUAAUUUGCCAUGUGCUUUUCUUCAAGUUUUCAUCUUCUUCCUAAAUUCGUUAUAAAUUCUAUGCAUAAAGUGUUUAAUAGUGGAAAAUUUCUUCCUUUUUAUUUUAAUAUUGUGUCAGAGUGUAAGUUUUAUUGUGUGUUUAUUUGUUGUCUGUUUUCUUGGUUGGGCUUGACAAAUCAAAUCAAAUGGUGAAUUUUUGUGUUAUUUUUCUUUUGUUACUGGUUAAAUAGUUUUGUUUCUUCCUCAAAUCUAGACUUUUCUGGUAUACAAGCAAGUUCCUUCUUUCUAAAUAUCAAUGAAGUCAUAAAGCUGCCGAUCAUUGCAACCCAGGAACUUAUGUCUCCUCAGAUGCUCUGAAAUUUUUUGAAUGAGGUCCUUAUGAUGGAAGGAGCACUUUUGCAGGAUAGUGUAAAAACAGGGGAAGAAAGAUUUUUUUGAGGAAGACAAAUCUCUAUGUGGAGUUUUCAAAUAAAUUUGUAUAUAAAAUAUAUGAUUGAAUUUUAUAUAUAUUUAAGUAGUUAUGAAAAGGCAACUAUACUUAUUUCAUGCUUGACUCGUUCCACUACUGUAUAUCUUUUUACUAUCUUUUUGUCUCUCUCUUUAUAAGGUGUGGCUACUGCCUGGGAUGACAUCUAUAUAUUUGAGACGUCAUCUUGUCAUAGGUUGACUAUUCUGGUUUUCCUCUUGCUUUUCUGUCUAUCUUCUUAGUUUUGAUUUUUCUGGGCACAAGAGUUCGCAAUGCACUGUUUCUUGCACUGAUCACUCUUCAGUAUUGGAUUGGGUUAAGCUGAAGAUUCACAACAAGUAUGCAGAGAAUUGGAAAUUUCUCCUUCCAUUAAUAAGAAACCCCUCGACCUCUCUCCAAACGAGUUUCAUUAAGGAAUUAAGUUAUAAACUAAUAAAAUUAAAGACUUUUGAUAGAGAUUUUUUUGUUCUUGGUUUAUUUGUCUGUUUCUUUUGGUCCACUCAGUAUCAGCUACUUAGAACUAUGACCGAUGUUGCCUUGAGACUUAACUUGUGCUUCGUAAAAGUAAUUGAGGUGAGGGUAAGAUUCUUUUGUUUUCUAUUUGUUAUUUAGAAUCAAAAAGUCUUUCUUUAUGUCAAGUAAGACUCUGUGUGUUUUUGUCUUUGAUUCAGAAUUUUUAUUGUCUUUUGUCUUGGCUUCUCAAGUGAUUUUCACCUCCCUCCCAUCGCUCUUUCUUUUGUAACUGUUCAGUUGUUUUUUUUCCAAUACAUUCAUCCCUCUUUAGCAAAAAUGUGUGUAAGCUUGUGCUCAUGGAGUUCAGGCAAGAGCCAAAAAGCUUUUGCUGUGCACAACAUGAAAUAGGUUUUUAACUCCUUUUAUCAAGUAGCUGUUGUAGUCUACUAUUCUUUCCAUCUCAUGUGGUAUAAAUAUUUACUGGAUACCGUUUUUUUUUCUUAUUUUGUGUGCCCUGAAUUAGAUAAUGGUGUGUUUUUCGGGUUUCGUCCCACCACAUGGCAGUAGUGCCACCUAGAAUGAUAUGCAAAACUGCUUCAUGUAGGUUGACAGAUUCCCUGAAUUCCUGCACUAUAGCUUAUAGCCGUGACCGAUGGCUUUUGCCAGGCAAUGCUGAUGUGAUUGCACUUGCUAUGGUAAUUGUGCAGGGGACAUAUGUAGACGCAUACAUAGGCUAGUAAAUACUGUAGGACUGAACGUAGAAAAGCAGAUACAACUUCCUUGCCUCAGCUGCCCUGAUUUUGGAAGGAAGCAGUGUGUUGGUGACAAAGUUUCUAGAAGUCUAGCAUAGAGAUUAGGAUACAGAAAUGUUGCAAAGAAUGAUUGCCAUUAACUGCCCCAAAUUUAAUCUAAAACAAUGAGUUGGUGACAAUUCAGGUCCAAAACAAGCCAACAUUGCUUUGAAUUGGACCUCAAAUUUCAUUGUAUAACUCAUUUGAUAUUCCUUUACGUUCUUCUAAUUUGUGAAAUCAUUAUUUUUCUUUGUUUCUUUAUUUCUUUUUUCCUUUCAUAUAGUGAGGUUUUAUAACAUAGCCUAUAUCACAACGUAAGUUAAACUAAGAUGUAGGUACUAAAAUUUGUUUUAUGGUAAAUACAUAAAAUGACUAACGUCAGGAAUCUGUGAAACAAAAUGUGAAAAUUUAUCAAAAUUUAGAUGUUGACUCUUUUGUCAAGUUCCUAAUCAAUAUAUCAUUAUUUAUUAGUUUUGGAAUAAUGUAGUAACAAUUUGCUAACUGUGCUUUUUCACAGCGUAUUAAGGUAUUUGAAGGCUCUGCCUAUAUGUUUCAUUCCUGGAUAAUACUUUAUAAUAAUAUAUGUAUGAGUUUACAUAUAUACAUUAUAUACAUUGUCUGCUUUAUCUAAUGUUAAUGCCAAUCCUCUGUAACUUGUUGUAAACACAAAUAAAAAUGUUAAAACAGA